AUGACUGGAGACUUUAACUUACCCUCAAUUGACUGGCAGACAAAUUGUGUUCAAUCUGGAGGCACGCAAGAAAUUCAGCAGUCAGCACAGCAUUUCUUAACUUUCAUGUCUGAUCAUCUGCUGAGUCAGUACGUAAUGUGUCCAACGAGAGGAAACAAUGUUUUGGACCUGUUUAUUACUAACAACAACCGAGUUGUUACAAAUGUUGAAUGCAAAACCACAACAAUGUCAGACCAUCACGUGGUAGAUGUUAUGCUAGCAUAUAAUCCACUUGAACAGGAGAAAUCAGCAGUGCCGAAGUUUGAUGAAAACUCGUACAGAUGCCUUGAUUUUCUCCAAGCAGACUUCAGCUCGCUCAGAGACGAGAUAGAAGACACUAACUGGUCUCAACUUCGUUCUUCAUGCUCUUUUGAAGACUUCCCAGCCUUGUUUACUGAGACCCUCUUUCAGAUAUGCUCGUCUCAUGUUCCCCGCAAGGCUAAACCUUCUGGGCGCCCAAAACAUACCAAUGCUUUGCGGCGUAAAAGGAACCGACUCCAGGCAAGGCUGAAUGCCUUAGUCAGCAAUGGUGCACCUGACGAUCACAUCAGAAAUGUUAGGAACAAGGUUGCACUCCUACAGUAUGAUAUUCGAUGUGCCCAUACCAAGAGACUUGAUGAAAAGGAAUCCAGGGCAGUAGAAAAGAUCAAAACAAAUCCCAAGUUCUUUUUCAGUUAUGCUAAGUCUCUGUCGAAGAUCAAAUCCAGUAUUAACAUGCUCUUUGAUAGCAACCAGGAGAUAACCACAGACCCCAAGAAAAUGGCCGAUCUGCUGCAGGAACAGUUCAGCUCUGUGUUUAGCGAUCCGACCUCUCCUGAUGUUAAGGAUCCGGUUUUCUCCAUUCCCUCUAUCCAGCACCCACAAGAACUAGAGGACUUUAGAAUUAGUGACGAAGAUAUCGUUUCAGCUAUAAAAAGUAUCUCUACAGAUUCUGCUUGUGGACCGGACGGAAUACCUACAACUCUCUUGAAAAACUGUGCUAAGGAGUUGUGUUCUCCUAUACGUAUUAUUUGGGAGGAAUCAUUUGAAAACGGUACAGUGCCAUCGUUCUACAAAGACACCUACAUUACACCACUAUUUAAAAAGGGUGACAGGGCCAAGGCAGUCAACUACAGACCAGUUGCUCUCACUUCGCACAUCAUCAAAGUGUAUGAACGUAUCCUCCGUGGUGUUAUGGUUGACUUUAUUGAGAAAAAUCAGUUACUCUGCAACAACCAGCACGGGUUCCGCUCAGGAAGAAGCUGCCUUACCCAGCUGUUAAGUCACGUAGACGAUAUAGUUCAAGGUCUUACUAGAAAUGCAGACACUGACGCUAUAUAUCUGGAUUUUGCCAAAGCCUUUGAUAAGGUCGAUCAUCGGUUACUGCUUCUGAAAAUGAAGAGAUUGGGGUUUCAUGAGAAGGUGGUAAACUGGAUCCGAUCCUUCCUGACUGAAAGGAAGCAAUGUGUUGUGUUAAAUGGUGUAUCAUCGUUUGCUGCCGCAAUCCUCAGUGGAGUUCCACAAGGCACCGUUCUUGGGCCACUGUUAUUCAUUCUGUUCAUAAAUGAUAUGAAGCUAUGUGUUAAAGGGUCUGUCAUCAGAUUCUUUGCUGAUGACACUAGGAUUCUUAAGCAUAUCUACAGUUUGGCCGACAAAGAUGUCCUGCAGGAUGAUCUCAACUCUGUUGUUAAUUGGGCUAAGUGCAACAACAUGGCCCUUCAUGAGGAUAAGUUCGAGCUUCUUGUUCACAAGCAUUGUCCAAAGAAUUCCUUGUUUGAUCAUCCAUUCGCCAUCCAAGCUCAAACAUAUGAAGUGUCUAACGGAAACAUGCUGUACCCCACUCAAACGGUGAAAGAUCUAGGAGUGACAGUUUCCGCUGAUUUGUCCUGGACCCCACACGUCAACAGGAUAGCUGAACGCGCAGGAAGAGUUGCUUCUUGGGUGCUAAGUGCGUUCAAAACGAGAGACAAAGCCACCAUGAUGACUCUGUACAAGUCUCUCGUUAGAAGCCAUCUGGAGUAUUGCUGUCCUCUGUGGAAUUGCUCUAAGAACAAGGACAUCCAACAGCUAGAAGGGAUUCAGCGUACGUUUACAUUGAAAAUAGAUGGCACCCAGCACCUCAACUACUGGCAGAGAUUAAAGGCCCUAGAUCUGAUGUCAUUGCAAAGAAGAAGAGAACGGUAUUUAAUCAUCAACAUGUGGAAAGUUCUGCAUUGCAAGUGCCCUAAUGAUAUUGGUAUCCAGUUCUCGGUGACUCUCAGACAUGGUCAAAAAGCAGUUGUGCCCAGUAUAGCUAAGUCCAGCAGUCAACGUAAUCAAGCACUACAUGACAACUCAUUUGCAGUCACUGGACCUCGAUUAUGGAAUGUAAUCCCAACACAUAUGCACACCAUCGAGGAUCCUAUGCAAUUCAAAGCGGCUUUAACGAACUUUGUGAAGUCAUUUCCGGACGAGCCUCCAGCUCCAGGAUACAGCUGUCGGAAUGGAAACUCCUUGCUUGAUUGGAGUGGUGAUAAAACAGUUUCUACACUGUCCGGGGGGUCGACUUUUUCGAUGGCCCGAUAG